UGUAAGUGUAGAAGUUCAGUCCUCAGGCAGUGCCCAUCUGCCCCAUUGGUACCUAGAGUGCCAGUGAGUCCAGAUUUGGGACCAUGGCAGUGGCACUGUUGGAGGACUGGUGCAGGAUCAUGAGUGUGGACGAUCAGAAGUCACUGAUGGUGAUGGGGAUACCAGUGGACUGUGACGAGGCAGAGAUCCAGGCAGUGCUGCAGGAGGCCUUGAAGUCUCUGGGCAGGUACAGACUGCUGGGCAAGAUAUUCCGGAAGCAGGAAAAUGCCAAUGCUGUCUUGGUAGAGCUUAUGGAGGACACUGAUGUCUCGGUGGUCCCCAGUGAGGCAGGGAAAGGGGGCACCUGGAAAGUGAUCUUUAAGACCCCUAACCAGGACUCUGAGUUUCUCCAACGACUGAACCUCUUUCUAGAAAGAGGGCAGACAGUUUCGGGUAUGUUCCGAGUCCUUGGGCGAGGAAUGUCUCCGGCCACAGUGCCCUCUGUGUCACCCGAGCUACUGGCCCAUUUGGUAGGACAGGCCAUGGCCCAUGCCCCUCAGCCUCUGCUACCCAUGAGGUACAGGAAGCUGCGCGUGUUCUCAGGGAGCGCUGUGCCCGCACCCGAGGAGGAGCCCUUUGAGGUCUGGCUGGAACAGGCCACUGAGAUAGUGAAGGAGUGGCCUGUGGCAGAGGCGGUGAAGAAGCGGUGGCUGGUGGAGAGCCUGCGGGGCCCUGCCCUGGAUCUCAUGUCCAUAGUGCAGGCCGACUCCCCGUCCAUCAGCGCGGAGGGGUGUCUGGAGGCCUUUAAGCAGGUGUUCGGGAGUCUGGAGAGCCGCAGGACCUCCCAGGUGAGGUACCUGAAGACCUAUCAGGAGGAGGGGGAGAAAGUCUCAGCCUACCUGCUUCGCUUAGAACCGCUGCUCCGCAGAGCCGUGGAGAAGCGGGUCAUCCCCAGGACCAUUGCCGACCAGGUCCGCCUGGAGCAGGUGAUGGCUGGGGCCAGCCUCAGCGGGGGUCUGUGGUGCCGGCUUCGGGAGCUGAAGGAUGAGGGUCCGCCCCCCAGCUUCCUGCAGCUGAUGAAGGUGAUCCGGGAAGAAGAGGAGGAAGAGGACUCCUUUGAAAAUGAGAACUCUGAGGAGCCGGAGGAAGGGAGGGGCCAUGGCCGCUGGGAUAGUGACAGACACAACUGA